CAAAUGUUACUUUUAUAAGAUUUCCAAUUUUACUUCCACCAUUACUUCUCACUCUUCGAUUCAGCGACUUCCCCGUCCGUCGCUUCUCUCCACUUCCCCACGUCCGUUAAGAAUUCAAAGUCAUGGACGUUAGAGUCGUAUCAUCCCUCGGAAACUCGCAGAAUCCCUAUAGCAUCACUUACCUGUCUCAGAGAGAUGCGGCUGAGAUCGAAGACCUCCUCGUUGGCCCACUUGGGUUCUCCGCAGAUCAGUUGAUGGAAUUGGGUGGAUUGAGCGUCGCUGCAUCCAUAGCUGAGGUCUAUGGAAGUGAAUAUUGCCGGGUUCUUGUUAUCUGCGGUCCAGGAAACAAUGGCGGUGUCGGUUUGGUUGCCGCUCGUCAUCUACACCACUUUGGAUAUAGACCAUUUGUUUGUUAUCCAAAGCGUAUGCCCAUGACUCCUUAUACUGGUUUUGUUACUCAGCUGGAAUCAUUAUCAAUCCCACUUCUAUCAGUCGAAGACCUGCCUCAAGAAUUAUCAAAUGAUUUUGACAUCUUUGUAGAUGCAAUACUUGAAUUCUCUUUCCAUGGUAAGCCAAGGCCACCUUUUGAUGAUCUCAUCCAGAGGCUAGUUUCUUUAAACAGCCAUGGUCAGACAUGCCAAAGAUCACCUGUAAUUGUAUCAAUAGAUAUCCCCUCCGGCUGGCUUGUUGAAGAAGGAGAUGUCGACAGUGAAGGGAUUAAACCUGACAUGCUGGUUUCAUUAAUGGCACCGAAGCUGUGUGCAAAGAAAUUUAGUGGUCCACACCACUUUCUAGGUGGUAGAUUUCUCCCACUAUCAAUUGUAGAUAAGUAUAAGAUUCAUCUUCCACCCUUUACUCGCCCUUCCAUAUGCGUGCGAAUUGAAAUGCCCCCGCCAGUUGAUGUUUCAGCUUUAAGAGAGAACUGCAUUCCUCCAGCAUUUCUCGAGAAUCAGGCGAAAGCUGACCCUAUAGAGCAGUUCUGCAAAUGGCGUGAAGAUGCAGCAGCUGCUGGCUUGCAUCAACCAAAUGAUGUGGCCUUAUCAACUGUGGACAAGGAUGGAAACCCUUCUUCGCGAAUGGUUCUGCUAAAGGGAGUUGACAAGCAUGGUUUCAUUUGGUUCACCAACUACGAAAGCCGAAAGGCCCGUGACAUUUCUGAAAAUCCUCGUGCCUCGCUUCUUUUCUACUGGGGCGGUCUUAAUCUCCAGAUGUGGAGACAGGUAAGAGUAGAAGGAACAGUGCAGAAAGUCUCCAAUGAGGAAUCCGAGAUAUAUUUCCACAGCCGUCCCCGAGAAAGUCAGAUUGUGGCAAUAGUUAGCAAGCAGAGCACUAUAAUACCGGGAAGGGAAGUUUUUCACCGAGAAUUCAGAGAGUCGGAAGCUAAAUUUCCUGAUGGAAUCUUGAUUCCUAGGCCCAAACACUGGGGAGGUUACAGGCUUAAACCAAGUGUCUUUGAAUUUUGGGAAGGACAACAGUCUCGCCUACAUGAUCGGCUGCAAUACUCUUUGAGAGAGGUUGAUGGAAAGCAAGUAUGGCACAUUGAUCGGUUGGCCCCAUGAAAUUAGUAUUUCUGAAUUCUGGCUUCAUAAGAUCCUCUUAUAUCCAUUCACUAGUCUUUUCUGUAGCAUGGGUUGUUGUCUUCUAUAUAAAUGAUUUGAGAAACUUACUGAGAUGUAAUGAAAAUAAAGAUAAAUUAUGCCA